AUGGUUUUCGUUGGCUUGACCAAGACUUUUGAUAUAGUGAAUAGUGAAGCGUUCUGGAAAAUCUUGUCAAAAGCUGGACUUCCUGAAAAAAUGAUAAAGGUAUUAAUAUCCCUGCAUAAAGGAAUGAUGGCAACUGUGAUAUCUAACAGUCAAUGUUCCGAGACAUUUUCUGUUGCCACUGGAACCAAACAGGACUGUGUUGUAGCCGCUGUACUUUUUUCCAUGUUCUUUUCAGUGAUGCUCCAACGUACUUUUUGGGAUUAUCCUGGAGGUGUUAAAUUCCAGUUUCACACAGAUGAAGAUCUAUUAAACCUGAAAGGGCAAUGUUUCAGAUCAAAGAAAACAAACCAAGGAAGAAAUCCUGUAUGA